AUGAGAAGAUAAUUGAUCUUCUUUAAUCGGACUGAAGAAGGAAGUUAGGGUUUUAGCCAUGGGUCUGCUUGUUCUUCAAUCAUUGGCAUUACUAGCGCUAUGUUGCUGGUCCUAUUCCUCAGCAGAGUUACUGCAAUCAUCCAAAGAGGAAAUGGGCUCAAUCAUAUCCAGGACAAAUAACGGGGCCAUAAGUUUUCCUCUGAUAAACAUUCAUAGUGAUGCAUCUCCAUUCCGUAGCUUGAAUUCCACAAGAUCUAGCCGUAUAACAGAGUGGCUGAAGAGCGACAUCCAUCGGCAACAAGCAUUAUUUCAGCAAAAGGAAAGCCCUAGUCAGACUGAGGCAGAGGGCGAAGUGCCAUUGGCUUCAGGAGCGGCCAUAGACAAUGGAAACUACAUAAUUAAACUGGGCUUUGGCACUCCGGCUCAGAUGAUAUACACAAUGGUGGACACGGGAAGCGAUAUUGCAUGGAUCCCAUGCAAUUCAUGCCGGAAUUGCAAAACCCACCAGAGUUUCGAGGCCCAAAAGUCAUCAACAUUCAAGCUCAUGUCCUGCUCUUCUGAUCAGUGCGGCCAAGUGAAGGGAAUCUGCAUGAGAGGUAAUAAGUGUGCGUUCGGUGAAGGGUAUUCGGAUGGAUCUGAGGUGAAGGCUCUGUUGUCCUCCGAUGAGCUCACAACGGGAGAAAAUGGCAAAGUUCACAUCUCAAGAUUCAUUUUUGGGUGCAGUAAUGCUCGGAGAGGAAAUUUGGAAAAAGCACCCGGUUUGGUCGGUUUAGGAAGGGGAACCCUUUCAUUUCUUUCUCAGACUGAGCCUAUGUAUGGGAAGGUAUUUUCAUAUUGUCUUCCUAGCAUAGACUCGAUGAGUUUUUCAGGGACUCUUAGCCUGGGAAAAGGAAGCCUGAGUUCCACACAGGGCUUGCGCUUUACGCCAUUGCUACCAAACCCAGCUGGAUUUGCCACCUAUUAUUAUGUAGGCUUAGUUGGAAUUUCAGUUGGUAAUGAGCGAUUUUUCAUGCCUAAGGAAAGUUCACAGCCGAGCUCUAAUGGAGGGGGCACUGUUAUAGAUUCGGGAACUGUUAUUACUCGAUUGGUCGAUCCCCUUUAUUGUCAAGUCCGUGAUUCUUUCCGUCGCCAAGUGAAAUCAACCAUGAUUGAUCCUGUCAUGUUUCUUGAUACCUGCUAUCGAAUUCCAUCUGGUGGGAAUUUUAUGGUUCCGGGAAUUACUUUGCAUUUUCAAGGAGGAUUGGACUUGGCCCUUCCCCGGGAGAGUGUUUUGAUUACUUUGGAUGACACUGGGUCUAUAUGUUUGGCUUUCGCUUCUGCAGGACCUGGGCCUGAGGCAAUAUCUGUGAUUGGAAAUUAUCAGCAACAGAAGUUAAGGAUUGUUUAUGAUGUACCAGGUUCUCGUCUUGGUAUUGUCCUAGAAAACUGCGACCGUUGAGGGACUUGCAUUGUUAUUGUGUUUGUAUCAGCUGAUGAGUAAAUAAAUAAUUGGAAACAAUAUACUGUUUUCCUUCAAUAACUCUUGUG